UCAUAUCAUAUCCACUGUAAAAAAAAAAGCUCCGUAUAAAAACCCUAAAUUCAAUUACCCAAAAAGCCUAUCCCUUUUUCAAUUUUUCUCUCUAUCCUAUUCAUUCUAUUCUAUUCGUAGAACUUCACUUAGGGAAUAAGAUAAGAGGGUUUGUUAUUCUUAGCACAAUUGUAACAAUUUUUGUUUUUGAGCGUCCUACUUGGGUUUGAGGAGCUCAUGAAUUCAAGUGCACAGGCCCUGCUAAAUAAAUGAUUGGUGGUUAAGGGUGAGACAAUGGCGUUGGUAACCCACCAAAUGCAGGGUUCUUAUGCUAUAUUUCCCUCAAGACCAUUAUCAUGGAGCAAAGAUAUAAAGUUGAAGCAGUAUGUAACAAAAUUUCACGUGAUUGGGAAAGCAGAUAGACAUAUUUUAUUAAAGCGCAAUGUUAGUUUAAGUGUAGGUGCGUCUCCUCGCCAUCGAGGAAAGCCUAAACCUUUGAGAAUUUCAGCUUUCAAAGGCAAUGCCCAAAAUGAUGAAUCGGCAGGCAGAGCAAGUGGAUCAAAGGUUCCUAAGAAUUCUGUUAAACUAAAAGAGAGUGAGGAUACGAUACUGGAAUCUCCAAAGGCAAAUGACAUUCCACUUUCUUAUACCUCUGAAGCAAAUGAGAGCAUUGUAUCCUCCCCUGCUAUUCAUAAUUUAUUCAAGAAAUGGUUAACAAUGUUGCGCACACAGUCACCAAGUCAAGUGGGGGAUGGAGUUUUGGGAGGAGAACCACCUUUAAGGGAGAUGUCAGAAUCUCAACAUGAUACUCAAAAGAAGGAAAGAGGCGAGAUUCUAAAAGCGGCUUGGUGCUACUUUCUGGGUCUGGAUGCAGCAGUAAAGAUACCCUUACUGAUAUUCUUACCUUUGUACCUGGCAGUUAAUGUGAUUUAUGGGGUUGAAGUUUCAAAAGAACUGACUCCUUUGUGGGUUUUAGGGCCCCUUAUCAUGGCUCUCAACAUCAAGAUAUUUCAAUGGGUGUGCUCUCUCUAUGUCUUCAGCUUCAAGCUGACUCUUACAGUAAUUAAGAAUUUGCCCACUUACUGCAUGGUCGCCUUUAGCUAUAUUGCAAGUGGGAAGCUUAAAGAAGAUGUACGAGCUCGUUUCUGGCAACCUGUAGUGAACAUAAAGAACCUAGACUACAAAGAAUUAUCAAGAAAAAGGAUGAAAGAAUUGCAAGAGUGGAUUGUGGAGAGGUAUCUUGAUUAUGUGGAAUCAAUAUGGCCGUAUUACUGCCGGACAAUCAGGUUCCUGAAGAGGGCUAAUCUCCUUUAAUUAUUGGAAUUGUACUUUGAGCAAAAAGUUUUUCAGUGAGGGGAAAGGGCUCAAUUCAGAGUAGCUUCUGAUUGUGUCCCAAACGGUUAAGAUUUUUGAGACAGAUCUAGCCAACCCCAUUUUAGACUGGGUUGUCUCAUGCAAGUUGAGGAUCAGCACAGGUUGAUCGAUUUCUGUAAAUCUGUUAAGGUGGUGCUCUUAUUCUUGGAUGAGUUCCCUAUUAAUUUGUUUCUUUUUUGUAUUCGGUUGUUGCUCUUUUAUAUUCUUGAGGUAGAUGGAAGUGAUAUAAAUUCCAGUACUGAUUCGUUAA